AUGAGUAGAUUGGAGCUUGAAAGUCAGACCUAUAGGUGUUACUGUCCAGAUGAAUAUGGCUUGCAACAGGUAAAGAAGCUUGUACUAGUGAAAGCAAUAAGGGACCCAGAUGCCACUGUGUCAGGAGACAAAAGAGCCGUGUCUGAACAUCAGCUCCUCCAUGACAAGGGAAAGUCCAUCCAAGACUUACGGCGACGGUUCUUCCUUCACAACCUGAUCGCAGAAAUCCACACAGCUGAAAUCAGAACGACCUCGGAGGUUUCCCCCAACGCCAAGCCUGCCCCCAACACAAAGAACCACCCCGUCCGGUUUGGGUCUGACGAUGAGGGCCGGUACCUAACUCAGGAAACCAACAAGGUGGAGACAUACAAAGAGCAGCCACUGAAGACACCCGGCAAGAAAAAGAAAGGCAAGCCUGGAAAACGCAAGGAGCAGGAAAAGAAGAAGCGGCGGACUCGAUCGGCCUGGCGACAGGCUGGCGUGGCUGGGAGUGGGCUGGAAGGGGACCACCUGUCUGACAUCUCUGGGACAUCGCUGGAGCUCGCUUUCCGGAGGCAUUGAAAUUUUUGCAAAGACCUUCAGAAGACAUAUUACAGCAUUCUGUAAUAGUGAACAUAUGGGAAGUAUUAGAAAUAUUUAUUGUCUGUAAAUACUGUAAAUGCAUUGGAAUAAAACUGUCUCCCUCAUUGCUCUAUGAAACUGCACAUUGGUCAUUGUGAAUAUUUUUUCCAAGGCUAAUCCAAUUAUUAUUAUCACAUUUACCAUAAUUUAUUUUGUCAACUGAUGUAUUUAUUUUGUAAAUGUAUCUUGGUGCUGCUGAAUUUCUAUAUUUUUUGUAACAUAAUGCACUUUAGAUAUACAUAUCAAGUAUGUUGAUAAAUGACACAAUAAAGUGUCUCUAUUUUGUGGUUGAUUUUCAUGAAUUCCUAAAUAUAAUUAUCCAACCUGAUUUUCCUCUGUGCAUGUAAAAAUAGCAGUAUUUUAAAUUUGUAAAG